AUGGGUAACCAAAUGAGUGUCCCACAAAGAGUUGAAGAUCAAGAAAAUGAAAUGGAAGCAGACACUUACAAGGUGGCAUCGGACAGUGAGUGUGUUCAAAACGGGAUCCCUGUGAUAGUAUCAACCCACACUGUCCAACACUACGAUGAAGUUGAUUUGGGAAUAAGUGUCAAGAAGAAUAAUGUGGCCUCUUCUUCCCCCAAGACAGUGGAGAUAAGAACUGUUCCAGAUGCCAAUGGAAAGAGUCUUGGCAAAGAGGCCAAACCAGAGGCACCAGCUGCUAAAUCUCGUUUUUUCUUGACACUCUCUCGGCCUGUACCAGGACGUACUGGAGACCAAGCCACGGAUUCAUCCACUGGAUCAGUGCGGCUUGAUGUCAGCUCCCAUACAGCUCCAGCAAACAAAGCCCCGAGUGAGAGCCUGGCGCCUCCGGGAGCAGCUGCACCAGAGCACACUGCCAAUAAAACCUCAGUGCCCAGCCCAGCCCAAGACCAGGCCCUUGCUGCCACUUGGGCCCCAGCGCCUCUCCCACCUGAGUCAGGAGAAGCAGUCCCCUCCAAGUCCAAGGACUCCAGCUUUUUUGACAAAUUCUUCAAACUGGACAAGGGACGGGAAAAGGCACCAGUUGACAGUCCGCAAGAAACCAAGAGUGCAGAACCUCAAGAGGAGGCCAAUGAGAUUCCUGGAGUCUCAGGGCAGCCUGAUGAUGUCCCCGCAGGGCAGGACAUAGUGGAAGACGAGGAAAAAGGACAAGAAAUCGGAACCUUGAGUUGCUCCGUCCCCAGGGACCCAGAAGUAGUGGAGACUGCAGAGGUGGGCUGCCAGACCACAGAUACAACAGAGAAUAACUCUAUCAUGAGUUUCUUCAAAACGCUGGUUUCACCUAACAAAGCUGAGGCAAAAAAAGAUCCAGAAGAUGUGGCAUCCAAAGCAGAAAGUGUCUGUGAUGGACAAGCUGGUCAGAAGACAUCUGAGAUCCAGGCUAAAAGCACCAAGAAAAAGCACCUGGAUAGCCCCAGGCUAGGACUCGCCUUUAGAAAAUUCUUUAGGCAUAAGGGUGCUGAAAAGUCACCCACUGAUUCAGCUGACCUAAAGUCAGACAAAGCCAACUUUAUACCCCAGGAGACCCAAGCUGCAGCCAAAAAUCCUAAAGGCUGCAACUCAUCAGGUCACGUGCAAUCUGUGACAUCCACUGAAACAGCAAAGGAAAGUGCCAAGGAGAAAUCGGGACCCACCUCUUCACCUCUAGGCAAACUGUUUUGGAAAAAGUCAGUUAAAGAGGAUUCAGUUCCCACAGGUGCAGAGGAGAAUGUGGUGUGUGAAUCACCAGUAGAGAUUAUAAAGCCCAAGGAAGUAGAAUCAACUUUACAAACAGUGGAUCUCAGUGAAGAAGAAGAUGCUGCACCUGAGCCUGCAGAAGUAAAGCCCAAAAGAGAAGAAAGCAAAGCACCGAGAACCUCCCUGCUGGUGUUUCUCAGACAAAUGUCAGUGAGAGGGGACGGAGGGAGCACCCACUCUGAAGAAAUGAAUGGGAAAGACUCCAGCUGCCAACCAUCGGACUCCACAGAGAAGGCCAUCACGCCACCAGAGCCGGAACUGGCAGGAGCAGCCCACAAGGGCAAAGAGGGUGCCUCAAAGAACAAGAAGCCGGCAGCCGAGGUGAUCAAGCAGAAGAGCAACAGGCAGGACGCCAAAGACCCAGCCCAGUGCGGCGAGCAGGCCACGGUUCGUGGCAACUCACUGCAGAACGGGGACAAGCCUCAGAAGAGACCUGAGAAGCGGCGGCAGUCCCUCGGGGGCUUCUUUAAGGGCCUGGGACCAAAGCGGAUGUUGGAUGCUCAAGUGCAAACAGACCCGGUGUCCAUCGGACCAGUUGGCAAAUCCAAGUAA